AUGGACAAUUUCCGAACACCUUUGGCCAAUGAGAAUGUCGCAAAGUUAGCAGCCGAGGGAAACUACAUUGAACAGAUGGAUUGCCAUUUUGUCACUGAACACUCUGCUGGUAGGAGAUAUGAGGAAGAGAAGGAUAAUCAACAUCUCUGCGCCCCCAAGGCUUCCGGUGGCUACUAUGAUUUCUCGAACAUGCAGUACGGCGAGCCCCCUAUAGGCAACCUCCGAUUCACCAAAUCGAUCCUCCCUCAGACGAAGAGCUCUGUUAUCAACAGUGAGAGCGUGGAACGUGUCUGCCCACAGUCCAAUCCUUUCUGGGUGGCGGUAGGCGGCCAGUGGCUAUCAUACUACGAAAAUCGUACCACAUUCCCCUUUGAGAAAAUCAACGAGACAGUCUUGACGAUUAAAUACUCGACGUUGGUUCUCCCCAAGAACCCUAGGACGUCAGAAGAUUGUCUCUAUUUGGACGUGAUGAUGCUGCAGAAAUUUUUUGACGGUGCUCAAGUUCCAACCGGCUCCAAGGACUCAAGCGGCAAAAGCCUCUGGAUCGGCUACGGUGGCCACUACGGCGGCUUCAUCGCCGGCCUAGUCUUCGACGGCGACUUCGUCCCUGAUCUACCUGGCCGCCUCCUCUCCGAAGGCCGUUUCAAUAAAACAAUCAAGAAAACGAACGGCCAUGACGCGAACGAAGCCUUCCACGCAAACGACACGGCAUACACCUUCUACAACGACCCUGGCUCCAACUAUAGCUGCGGCACUUACGACGAGUCUAUCGCGCAAGCGACGCAGCAGCACGUCACCUCCAUCGUGGGAGCAGGAAUCCCAAGCGGCGGUUCCGCGUUCAACGACAUCCCUACCUAUGGCAAUGGCACCAUUCUCAACCUCAACAACACCGGCCUACCUUUCCAGCCGAUCCCAGACCCAGAUGCCACGAAUCGAUGUCUCUUUUUCCAACAGGCACCGUUCAAGAACUCGACGGCUGGGAAUGCACUCAGUGCGUUCUAUGCCGACGGCACGAGCGGGAGCAAUGGCACAAAGGGGAGUGGCAAAUCCAUCGUAGGAAUUGACGGUGGAACAUUGGGGUCGGGAGUGCAGACAGCUUCGAUUUCAUCGAGCGAAGAUUUGAGCGUGGGCGCUGUGGGGUUGGUGAAGGUGGUGGAGACGGCGUUGGGUGCGAUUGCUGCGGUUGCUGGGUGGCUGCUGUAG